UAGUUGCGAAAGAGGGCUCAGACUCUCGUUGAAGAAGCUCGUUAAAAAACGCUUAUACCCUUCCACUAUAGUCAAAUUCACUCUCUCGCUCGCUCGAUCGCCCAGCCUUCUUUUCCAAUGGAUCGAGCUCAGCUUCUUCUGGUAGGGUUACCUCUGUUUCUCUUCUUCUCAGACAUCAUAAAUCUCUUCACGCCACCGCCUCCAAAGCCACCGCCGCAUCAUCACCAUCAUCAUCAUCCCCACCAGCAACCCCAACCCAAACCCCAAUCGGCUCCUCUAGAUUUCCCCACACAGAAAGAGAGUGGUAUUGGAGGUAUUGGCUUCGGCAACACCGUCAAUAUUAAUUUCUGUUCCUCUUGUUCCUACAGAGGAAAUGCAGUAACAAUGAAAAAUAUGCUGGAGAAUCAGUUUCCUGGGGUCACUGUUGUUCUUGCAAAUUACCCUCCUCCACUUCCAAAACGCCUACUAAGCAAAGUGGUACCAGUUGUUCAAAUAGGAGUUAUAGGGAUUGUAAUGGCGGGUGAACAAAUUUUUCCUAGGUUGGGAUUUAUAGCACCACCUCCUUGGUAUUACUCAUUGCGAGCAAAUAGGUUUGGAACCAUUUCAACCACUUGGCUUCUUGGAAACUUCCUUCAAUCCUUCCUACAAAGUUCCGGUGCUUUUGAAGUGUACUGCAAUGGUGAAUUGGUUUUCUCUAAGCUGAAGCAGCAAAGGUUCCCUGGGGAAAUCGAGUUGAAGGAUCUUGUUGGCCAAAGACUUGUUGCUUCAAGAAUUGUGGACGACGUUGGAGCAGGUGUCUGGUCCCAGCCCCUUUGAGAGCUAAAACAUUUGAGAUCCCAACCUGAUCCAAGCAAAAACUUACCACCAUAUUAUGAAAUUACAAAUUUAGACCAAGCAAUACUUAUUUCACUCAAAUUGUGCAACUGUGACUUGGUAAAACAAAUGGAAUCCAAGGCUUCACAUCCUUGCUUGUAAAUUUCUGCCUUAUGAUUUGUCAAGGGAAGGGAUUCUGCCCUUUGAUUUCUCAAGGGGUCUAAUUGUGACAGUAUGACAUUUACAGCUAGCGUUAUUUUGACUAUACAUUUUUAUUGCUCUUUCUUUCAAGGGUGGUUAUUUGUUU